AUGGCAAACACGGGCAUGCACUACGCCCACUGCGGCGCCAACGACGGCUGCAAACUCGCCUUCCAGUCCUCCCUCUCGCUCACCGACGCCGGCGCCGCCUCCGCCACGCAAUGCGUCCUCCUCAUGCACGGCUUCAGCGGCUCCAGCGACUACUUCUACCGCAAUUUCAAGCCGCUCAUCGACCGCGGCCUCUGGGUCGUCGCGCCGGACAUGCGCGGCCACGGCAAGUCCGACCGCACAAAGGGCGGGUACCACGUCGCCCGUCUCGCGGCCGACCUGCACAACCUCAUGGCCCACCUCCGCCGCGCCGCGCCCCAGGUCAAGAUCGUGCCCGCCGGCUGCUCCAUAGGCGCCGCGGUGCUCUGGACGUACGUCGAGCUGUUCGGCUGCGCCGACUUUGCGGGCUUCGUCUUUGUCGACCAGGCGCCGCUGCAGGACCGGUCGGAGUUUGACGGGUGGGACGAGAGCAAGGCGCACACGGGCUGCUACGACGAGAAGAGCAUGCUGAGCGCGCAGAAGUUUUGGAUCAACGAGUCCAAGGCGGCUCAUGUCGAUCUCGUGGACGGGUGCUUGGGGUACCGUGCCAAGCCGGACCCCAAAGACGACAUCUCGGCGGAGAAGAGGAAGGAGGAUGAGGACUUCUUUACGGGUAUCAGCGCUCUUUGCGACCAGACGUGGCUGGCGAGGUUGCUGGCUGACCAUACACGGUAUGACCACCGCGAGGCGAUUGAGAUGAUUAGCGUUCCGACGCUGGUGAUGGCGGGACGGCGGUCUGGGUGCUUCCCGUUGGAGGGCAUGCUUGAGACGGUGAGGAGGGUGGAGAAGAACAGACCCGGCCUGGCGAAGGAGUCUGUCUACGAGUCUGGGCACUGGCUAUUUUACGAGGAGCCUGAGAAGUUCAACAAAGAGAUUGGGGAGUUUGUCGACCAGUGCACCCGUUGA